AUGUCCCAAAAGAAGAAAGCCUCCCAUCCAGUUGUGAACCUUUUAGCGGGUGGAACAGCAGGUCUUUUCGAGGCCCUGUGCUGCCAUCCGUUGGAUACCAUUAAGGUGAGGAUGCAAAUUUACAGGAGAGUGGCAGACUCAGGUACCAGACCACCUGGAUUUAUCAAAACUGGUAAGAACAUAUAUUCUGAAGAAGGUUUUCUUGCCCUAUACAAGGGACUGGGAGCUGUCGUGAUUGGUAUAAUUCCGAAAAUGGCCAUAAGAUUCUCAACUUAUGAGUUUUACAGGACUUUGCUGGCUGACAAACAAACAGGAACAGUUUCAACAGGUAAUACUUUUAUUGCAGGUGUGGGUGCAGGUAUUUCGGAGGCCGUUUUGGUUGUGAAUCCAAUGGAGGUCGUAAAGAUUAGAUUGCAAGCACAACAUUUAAGUCCAGCAGAGCCUGGAAUGGGCCCAAAAUAUCGCAAUGCAGUUCAUGCCUGCUACACAAUCGUCAAAGAAGAAGGUAUCAGUGCAUUGUAUCGAGGCGUUUCAUUGACCGCAGCAAGGCAAGCAACAAAUCAAGGUGCUAAUUUCACGAUAUACUCCAAAUUAAAAGAAUUCUUGCAAGAUUAUCAUAAAACUGAUGUACUGCCUUCUUGGGAGACUUCCUGUAUUGGCUUAAUAUCUGGUGCAAUCGGACCAUUUUCUAAUGCUCCCCUGGACACCAUUAAGACGAGACUACAAAAGGAUAAAUCUGCCUCGACCGAUUCUGGUUGGAAGAGAAUUGCUUCUAUUGGAGCUCAAUUGGUCAAAGAAGAGGGUUUUAGAGCACUCUAUAAGGGCAUUACACCAAGAGUCAUGAGAGUGGCGCCGGGACAGGCCGUUACUUUCACAGUAUACGAGUUUGUAAGAAGACAGCUGGAAGAUUUGGGUGUUUUCACCCCAAAGGACCCACCGAAACCAUUGAAAUAG